GAGUGGCGGGGGGAGGGGCAGGGCCGAGGCCGAGCCUGAACGGCGACGUGUUUACGCGAAAGCGACAACAGCCCUGCCCGACAACAUGAAGCCUGUAGUUCCAGAGGCAGUGUCGGCGAGAGGCUCCAUUUGACAGCGGCUCAGUACUUAGCAGACGGGAGAGCACGGGGUGGGUGUGAAAACAGCCUGUUGUGGCGGAGUGAGGAUGGAGAAGAAGAAGGAGGAGGCGUCGGCGAAGCUCCCCACCUGAUUGUGAAACGAUGUGCGUGAGCUGAGUUGUUUUACUUUGUCUACACUCGCCUUGGAAGAUUUUUAGAAACUAGUAAUCCAGUGUGCCAACAUGUGCUAAUAUAUAGUGAAUUAACCAACUUGAUAAUAGCAAGCUGGAAGGAUUAUUUUGUAAAUUACAGGAUAUUCUGCUCUCAGCAGAGGUAGAACCAUUUAUACCCCAGAAGAAGGAAACUGAUAUACUUGUUCCUAUGGCUCUCCCUAAUGAUGGAAAUGGUAAUGGUGUCGAAGCUCCUCCUAUACCUAGCUACUUGAUAACUUGUUAUCCCUUUGUGCAAGAAAAUCAAUCCAAUAGGCAAUUGCCUGUAUAUAAUGGUGAUAUUCGGUGGCAGCAAGUGAAUCCAAAUUCUACAGGACCAUACCUUGCUUAUCCCAUAUUGCCAACACCACAGCCUCCUGUUUCUACAGAUUAUGCUUACUACCAGCUCAUGCCAGCACCUUGUGCACCAAUGGUGGGUUUUUAUUCUCCCUUUCCUGCACCAUACACUGCACCUUUCCAGCCAGCCAAUGUGGUGAAUGCAUUGUCCGACUGCAAUGAAAGACCUGUUACUGCCGGACAAACCUGUCAAGCUACCACUCAGAGAAGCAGAACCAACAGAGGUCCAGUGCCGAAGGUUUUGAGAACAAACAAGCCUCUGGUGAGAAAUGUAGCUGUUCAAAAGGAAAACAAUGCCUCAGGUCCUGAAAAUAAAUCGAAGAUUGUAUUGCUGGUAGAUGCAAGUCAGCAAACAGAUUUUCCUGGGGAUGUAGCCAAUAAAACACACUCUGAGAGGGCCAGCCCCUUGCUUUGGAAAUCAAAAGUCAGAAGAAGAAGAGCAUCUCACCCUGCUGCUGAAUCUUCAAGUGAACAAGGAGCUAGUGAAGCUGACAUUGACAGUGAUAGUGGCUACUGCAGUCCCAAACACAGCCACAGUCAGACCACAUCAGCUGCUACAAGGAGUACAGAAUGCAAAGUAGACGAUUUAACAGGAAUUACAGGAGGCCCCAGUUGGGCAAAUGUAGCUUCCCAAGCGCCACAAAGAUUUGCAAUCGACAGAAUGCAGCCUUUUUCUUGUGGUCGAGGUGGCAGGCCAGUGGAUCUGCGAAAUUCUCAGGAUAACUCCAGAGGAAAGGUGCAAAGUUUGUCUUCUCAAAGAACGCCAAACCAUCAAAAGAAUCGAGAUUGGACUGCUGGACAGUCGUCUGAAGCGCCACAGUUUGUCAGUGGGCAAAUGGCUGGAACUGAUCAAAAACCUGAUUCUUUAUGUUUUGAGCAGUGUAUAAAUCUCUGUUAUAUACAGGAUGACAGUGAGUUUCCAGAAUUGAUCAUUGGAGCUGGUGUUUCCAAGAGCAGAGUUGUAGCCCACGAUAAUACUCAGAAUAAAAAUUCUGCAAUUUGUCAACUCUCUAAAAAGCAACUCGGGCUGGGUGAUCUUCCAGAAACUUCUCCAAUCAACAUAGUGCAGACACCUAUUCCAAUAACUACAGCUAUUCCAAAGCGUGCUAAAAGUCAAAGGAAAAAAGCAUUGGCUGCAGCCCUUGCUACUGCUCAGGAGUAUUCAGAGAUUAGCAUGGAGCAGAAAAAGCUCCAGGAGGCUCUGAAUAAGGCAGCAGGGAGGAAGAGUAAAGCCCCUGUACAACUAGACCUUGGUGACAUGUUAGCUGCACUAGAGAAACAACAGCAAGCCAUGAAAGCAAAGCAACUGACUAACACAAAACCUCUAUCGUACUCUGUUGGUACAAGUACACCUCUUUCUGUCAAAGACUGUGGGAACAUGAAAACUUUACACAAAAAUCAGCAGUUUAUUGGAUUUCAUAAUCCGUUGGAUUCUGGUGCCCCGAAGAUUAAGCGAGGAAAGGAAAGGGAGAUUCCUAAAGCAAAACGUCCAACGGCACUUAAAAAGAUUAUCCUGAAGGAAAGAGAAGAAAAGAAAAACAGAUUUUCAAUAGAAUCAACAAUUGUAGGAACAGAGGAACAGGGUGAUGAACAGCUGAAUUUUUCGGAGGAGCAGUCUAUAACCCAGGAAGUAGUUUCUCAGGAAGACAUUGGAUUGAGCGUUCCCAGUGACACAUCUCUGUCUCCUGCAAGCCAGAAUUCUCCAUAUAGUAUGACGCCAGUUUCACAAGGCUCUCCAGUCAGCUCAGGAGUUGGCAGUCCAAUGGCUUCUUCGACAAUCACAAAAAUUCACAGCAGGCGUUUCAGAGAAUACUGCAACCAAGUACUUAGUAAAGACAUCGAUGAAUGUGUGACUUUGUUGUUGCAAGAACUUGUCCGUUUUCAAGAACGAAUUUACCAGAAAGAUCCUAUCAAAGCCAAAAUGAAGAGAAGGCUUGUAAUGGGUUUACGUGAAGUGACCAAGCAUAUGAAACUAAAAAAAAUUAAAUGUGUGAUCAUCUCUCCAAACUGUGAGAAAAUUCAGUCAAAAGGUGGACUGGAUGAAGCUUUGUACAACGUGAUUGCCAUGGCUCGGGAGCAAGAAAUUCCUUUUGUUUUUGCUCUUGGGCGUAAAGCUCUUGGUCGAUGUGUGAAUAAACUUGUUCCUGUAAGUGUUGUGGGGAUCUUCAACUACAGUGGUGCUGAGAGUUUGUUUAAUAAACUGGUGGCAUUAACUGAGGAGGCCCGUAAGGCAUACCGUGACAUGGUUACAGCUUUAGAACAAGAACAAGCUGAAGAGGCGUUGAAGCAUACCAGAAAGGUACCACAUAUGGGCCAUUCUCGCAAUCCAUCUGCAGCAAGUGCAAUUUCAUUCUGCAGCGUUAUAUCUGAACCCAUUUCCGAAGUGAAUGAAAAGGAAUAUGAAACCAACUGGCGAAACAUGGUAGAGGCCACUGAUGCACCUGAAUGCUCUGAGAAUGAGAAGCCCAUGUCAAGUGUGACCACUGAUCUGGAUAAAUCUUCAAAUUUACCAGCAGCUAUAGGCAAAGCCAACAAACCAAUCUUGGGAAUAGCCACUAGUUCUUCUGUGGGUCAGGCAACUCGUGCUACAAAAUCCUCUGGUUCAGACAAGGAAGAAGGGAAAACUGACGAUAUAUUAGAAUGGGCCUCUCAGCAGAGCACUGAGACAGGAUCACUUGAUGGUAGCUGCAGGGAUAUUCUUAAUUCUUCCAUGAUCAGCACCACCAGCACUCUUGUACCAGACAUGCUUGAGGAGGAGGAAGAUGAUGAAGAGGAGGAAGAAGAUGACAAUGCUGCUGAACCUGUUACCAUAGUGGUAACAUUUAGCAGCAGAAUUGAUGAUUGGGUAUCAGAAGCACAAAAAGCACUGGAAACAUUGCAGCUCAGCAAAAACAUUGAUAGUACAGAGGAAGAUCACAAUGGGCAAAGUGACAUAGAAGAACUAGAUGCAGUGGAGCAGAUAGAUGUAACUACAGAUAUUGAUGGCUGUCAGCCUGCAGAAUCAGAGAGUCAAACCUGCUAAUAACUUUAGAUCCUGGACCAGCAGCUCUUGCUCAGAGCACAAUUUAUUUUUUAGGUAGACUCGUGGGAUUACAAAAAUCGUUUUGUCAAUUUUUGCAUUGAAACAUAAGCAACUGUUAAAAACACUUUGUGCCCAUUUUACUUGGAGCAGGUUAAUAUCUGGUUUAGUAUAGAAUUUUUCCAAGUCAGCCGUAUAAAAUAUCGGUGUGCAUAUCUGAAAUUCAUAGGUACAAGCUGCAAAUUAUGUAGAUUUUUUUCUUUGUCUUUAAUAUCCUCUUUAUGUUUGGUUUACUCUCUCGCAAGUCAACAUGUUUUGGCCUUCUGAUCCAAGUUACGUUGAAGCUUUCCUUCAAAAUGUAAUUCAUGAAACCUCAGUAGCUGCUGCAAUCAAAUUUCAGAGCUAAUGAUACAAAACCUUUUUGUGAGCAAUCAUUCGAGUCUACCUAAGGGUUACUGUAAACGAAACAAUAUAUCAACAACCUCAGGAACACUUCAACACAUAUAGGAACAGUUAAUUUAAGAACUUGCUGUUUAUAACCUUGUCAUUUCAAUCUUUCGCUGAUGUGAUCUGAAUUAGUAAUUGUACAGAAAUGAUAAAAUUAUGUGUUAGCAAGUUUGCCUCAUCUCAAAACCUGUCCUGUUAACCUAAGUUGUUUGAUGUAAUUUGAAUCACAAAAUAAAUGAAUUAAUUUCUGGAUGGUUUAUGAAGAUCCUUUCAGAAUCUCUCUGCAGAAAAUGUAAUAAAAAAAAGUGGAGAUAAGCCAGUAGUUUUGUUUACAAGAAUUUUGGCUUCUGAAGUGGUAGUAGUUUUAUAGCAGAAUUUGGUUUAACUCACUGAAAAAAUUCUGUCUGUAUGAAAUUUAAAUAGCAAUGAUGGUGUUUUUAAGAGAUCUUCUCCUUGUACAAACUACUACUUUUCAUCUUCAAAGUCCGAUGGUAUCCAGUUAUGUGCAAUGACUUGAAGCUAAUAAAGGUGCACGUAAUCAGACUUGUUUAUAAUGAAAUAAUUGACCCAUACUGGCUAUAAAAAUAGCAUUAUUGGGAUGUGAUGGACAUUACCUGGAAUUUCCUUAUAGCAGGAUUAGUUAAGUAUAGGCCUGACUUGUAUUUAGAAAGUUGAUUACAUGAGUGAACAGAUGUUAGAGGACUUAAUUCGCAAAUUCUAAAUUUCUAUUUCUUCCUUCUACCCAUUUGCCCAAAGAAAUAUUUUGGAAUUUAACCUGAAACAAUGUGAAACAUUUAUAUUUAUUAAGUAUGUAAGUAUGUCCCUAUUUAUGUACAGGACAAUACUAGAAAGUACUAUUAAUUUUAACUGAGAUGAACAAACAAAAUCCUUUGUAAUAUUUUCCUUAACAGCAUUGUGCUGCAUAUGUUUGCAGAAAUGUGAACAAUGACAAUUGUAAUUAUAUAGUUGAUCAACUAAUGGUUCCUUUGUACCUUUAUCAGGCUUGCAAUUUCUGAGAAUGCAGGUUGUGUUUUUCUACAGAAUUUCAAUUUUGGACUUCUUGUAUAGUUACAAUUGUACCUGUGAUGUUGUCACUUUAGUGCUGACAGCAUUAACUGAGUAAUAUACUCAAUUGAACAUCUUUGUGAACUUAGUUACUGAGGUAAUAUAUUUUUAAUAGCAUUUGAAAGUUGGACCUCCAUUGAAAGGAGAAAGAUGAGUAGCCUAGAUUCAUUUAAGUUAUUUAAGAGUUCAAAUGCAUAUGCGUUUGACUGGGAAAAUCAUACCUGUGACUUUACUUGCAUCAUGAUCAUCAUGCAAAUUCAUUUUACGUUGAAUUGAUGGCAGCCGUUUUUGUAAAUCCACAGGGUGCAUUGUAUUGUAAAAUACAUGGUAAAGAAAGGGGCAGCAUAUUUUUGUCUUGAAAAGUUAAUAAUCAGAUCUUCAGUUCAGUUUUGAAUAUUUACUAAGUAAAAAUGUUUGUUAGUUGCAAUCGAAUGUAAAUAAAUUAUGCUUACUUUUGAGUUGCAGGGCUUAAAUGAAGUGUGUAGAAUUUCUGAGGUUUCUCAACUAACGUAAAAUGAUUCCUACAGUGUUAUGUUAAAAAUGGGCAACACUUAGUUGCACGUUUACCUAAGCUAAAUAUUCAGAUGGCUUUUGAUGUAACCAAAUCAGAUUACAUUUGUAUCACUUUCAAGAUGGCAUGGAAAUCCUGAUUGGUGGAUCUUUCGACCACUCACUUAUCUAGAGAAGAAAACAUUUUCACUACGAAACAUUUGUUGCGUUAUAGAAAUGAUGGGAGAAAUCUACUGGUGUAUGGCAAUGUUUUGCAAAUGGUGUUUCCUGAUUCCACAAUAAUGCAUUUAGGUGUGCUUGGGAGUUUGUAGUUCCUGGUAGCACCAGUAGGUGGUGUAGACCUUGAUCUGUUGCAACAUCUGGUGCUUUUAAAACUUUUAGGAAACGUUUCUAACCUUUGUAAAGCAACUUCCUUUAUCACUUGAAAUAGUUAACUGCAUUUGUAAAUUUAUACCUAAAAUGGAAAAACUUGUUAUACACUAUGGUGGAGACUUUUGAACAAUCUCCAGUAUUUAAUUCUUCAUAAAUAACUAAUAUAUGAAGCAAUGCAGCUUUCAAAAUAAUUUGGUUACCUCGACCAACAAUUUGGCUCCAGUCUAAUGUAAGCAAAUGUCUCGAGCAAGUUUAAAUUCUACACUAUAUCAUAACUGUUCAAAUGGAAGAAAGUACAAUCCAUAAAGUUGAUAGUUAUAAAUCUAACUAAAAAUACCAUGCAAUUUGAAAUUCAAACAUGGGUUAUCUGUAGCUUUUACAGUAAGACUGUGUAGUCCUGUGGAUCUUCCAUGUAUCCCAGUUAAUAGGAACCACUCCUUUCCAUUGCCUGUGUUUUUUAAAUAACAAGAUUGUGAGAGAUAAACAUUUCUGUUUGGAAACAUUCCCCAGUUGCAUCCCAGUGUGGACAGGAUUUGUUACAUUUCAAAUGUCCAGUGCUAAAACCAUUACAAUUUGAGAGUGAUCUGUCCAUGAAUUGUAUUGAUUAGAAAUAUGAACCAGAUUUGCCCAAACCAGCCCUGUAAAAUAAGCCAUGCCAAUGUUUCUGUCAGAGGCAGAGGAAACUGAGAUUGUUAACAUGCAGUAAUGUGCCGCUCAUAUUUUCUUUAAAUAAGAAAUAGUUAAUAUCUUUGUAUUUUAUUGUCACAAGUUAUUUUUAGAAUACAAAUCAAAACAGUAAAACAGGUGCAAAGUAAAGAUUUGAAAAUUAGUUAUGAAGUGAUCUGUUGUGCUUUAAAGGACUAGCAUACUGCAUUGCAUUGUAUAUAAUUCAGUAAUUAAAAAGGUAUACUUUGCACUAUGUAAAUAUUAAAUUUUCCCUUCUGUAACUAAUAAAUU